AUGGCAGUGUCGGCUCUGAAUAUGACACCCUACUUUGCUGGAUAUCCCUUUCAAGGACAGGGACGUGUCAAUCAACUUGGCGGCGUCUUCAUUAACGGCCGUCCUCUGCCGAAUCACAUUCGUCGCCAGAUCGUGGAAAUGGCUGCCGCUGGCGUCCGGCCCUGCGUCAUUUCGCGCCAGUUACGUGUUUCCCAUGGCUGUGUAUCCAAGAUUCUGAAUCGCUUCCAGGAGACCGGCUCCAUUCGUCCCGGCGUUAUUGGCGGCAGCAAGCCACGAGUGGCCACUCCCGACAUUGAGGCGCGGAUUGAGGAGCUCAAGCAGUCACAGCCGGGCAUCUUCAGCUGGGAAAUACGUGCCAAGCUCAUUGAGGCAGGUGUGUGCGACAAACAGAAUGCACCCUCAGUGAGCUCCAUCAGCCGUCUGCUACGCGGCGGCGGCGCUUCUACAGCCACCAAUGGCCACAGCAUCGAUGGCAUCCUGGGCGGAGCGGCCUCAGCUUCAGCGGGCAGCGAGGACGAGAGCGAGGACGACACUGAACCGAGUGUACAAUUGAAACGCAAGCAGAGACGCUCGCGCACCACCUUCUCCAACGAUCAGAUCGAUGCGCUGGAGCGCAUUUUCGCCCGCACCCAGUAUCCGGAUGUAUACACUCGCGAAGAGCUGGCCCAGAGCACAGGUCUAACGGAGGCGCGUGUCCAGGUGUGGUUCUCCAACAGACGAGCACGUCUACGCAAGCAACUGAACACACAGCAGGUGCCCAGCUUUGGCAGCAGCGCAUCCAGCGGAUUUGGAGCCCCCACUCAGUACAACAGCAGCGCUGCGGUCACCUCAGCCGGCAAUAUGGGUCUAUACGGUGCUGCUUCAGCUUGGCCAGCGACCACUCCGGCAGCUCCGUAUGAGCCACAUGCUGGCUUUUCGGGAUCUGUGGCCUCCAUGUCGCCUGCUAGCAGCAGCAGCAGCUCCGCCUCGCACAGCCCUGUCCAGCAUGGCAGCGCAGUAUCUGCGACGACAUCAGCGCAGAAUGCCGGCGUGGGAAGCUUCAUUAGCCCAUCGGCUUAUGGGAUGGGAGCCAGCAAUGCGGGAUACACCAGCUCCACAUCAGCCGCCUACUCCAUGCCGCCCACUUCCAGCUUUGCCAGUGCUGCCGCCACCUCUGCUGAGCAACUUCGUUCCCAGUUCGCAAAUGCCGCCGCAUCGGGCUCGCAUCAUCCCUCCUCAUGGGACAGCUACAACUUUGCCGGGUCCUUCUUUCCAGGCGCCAGCGGCAACCACAUGAGUGGCUAUCAUCAGUCGAUGGCCGACCAAAAGACCACCGCCGCCCCAGCCUACCCCUACUUCGGUUUUUAG